GCGCCAGCAGAGCAGUCAGCCAGCUUAGAGUUAAAGAUAGAGUUAGAAAAAAUAGUAAAAAAAAAACUGAGUUACAUUUGCCAACUACCGCCAAAAACUUUAAGUCCCGAACGAGUUUGCCCGGUGAAUGCGAAAAUUAAUCUUUUCCAAAUUCGAAACAAAGUUGUGGCGGCGAAUGGAAAAAUCGAAAUAGAAAUAACAACAACAAGUUGAAAAGUGUCAAUUCAAAAUUGUUGUCCCAUGAAUCGAAAGUGAUUGAUCGAUAACGAAAUCGAAGGACUUUGCAUAUCGAAAUCGAGUAUUGAAUCGAGAGCAGGAAAAUAAACUGAUAGGAGAUUACGAUAAAACAUAAAUCGAAACAAACGAUAACAACAAACCCUUAAACUGAAAUCGAAAUAAUCGAAGUAAUCAAAAGUGACGAAUUUCACUGAUAACCUUCAAAACAAACAAAUCUAAAAAUACACGCAAAGUAGCCCAAGUGAAGACACCACCAAAAUAAUAAUAAUAAUAAAACGAAAGAGAGGCCAAUUGAAUUUCGAUCAUCUCUCCCACUCACACCCACAACUACGCUCACCUGGUCAAAAAUGGAUGCGCCCAAGCAGAUGCAGGACUAUUGGCACAUUCCCCGCGCCUCGCUGGCCUCUUCCUCAAGCUCGGCCAUCAGUUCGGCCAGCUCCUCCAAGUCCUCGAACAAAUCGCACUCGAAUCCGCCCACUCUGAACCAACGCAGCCUGCCCAGCAACAGCAACAUCAUCAACAACAGUAGCAGCUCCUCGACAAGUGCUGCUGUGACGGCGGCAGCGGCGGCAGCAGUACUGGCAGCAGCCAAGAGGGGAUCGAGAAGUUCGCAGGGAUCGAGCGACAGCAACAACAGCACGCGGAGCGCCGCUUCCGGCUCACUGCUGCUGACGGCAGCGAAUCUGGAACGGUUCGCGGAGAUCCACAAGAAGCAGGAGCGUCACAACAAGAUGCUGAUCCAGCCCUCCAGCAAUCCAUCAUCGUCCAACUACAAUGCCAAUCUGGCGCUGGCUUCUAGCAACGGCAAGGAUGCAGUGAUUGCCAUCGAUGGCCAGCAGCAGGCAGGCGAGGCCGAGGCGGAUCCCAAUUUGCAGUACAUUAAAACCAAAGACCUGGACACCGUGUCCAUUGCCAGCUCCAUGCACUUCACAAUGGUCAAUGGUGAAGGCGGUCCGCCCAAGAAACCGAAGCGUGGCCUCUGCGAUCGUGGACGCCAGGUCACCGUCUUGAUUGUCAGCAUGAGCACCAUCUUCAUGCUGCUCAUCAUGGGCAUGGUCUAUGCGCUGGAGAGUAAGUUUCUCAAACUAAACCAAGUGCCUAGAACUUGAUUUUAAUUCUUAAAUCCUUUCUUUUUAGUGCGCGCCCGCGACAUGCCCAAGAGCUAGUGUUCAAUCCUGUCUGUCUAGCCCAAUUAGUUUAUUAUUUAUUGUAUUGUCUUUGUCCCCAAUUAUUAUUAUUAUUAUUAUUAAUAUUAUUAUUGUUAUCGUGUCGUCGUCUUGGCGCUAGUUGUGUAAGAUAUUUAUUAAACGAUUGUGUUUGGAUUGGAGGAGCAAGAGUCGAAGUCGGAGUCGAGUCAGACGAAGCUGAAGGGAAAUUUCGUUAGUAUUAAGCGCCCUAUGCUACGGAGACAGAGAAACAUACGAGGAACUAGUAGAUCUGUAUCUGGAUCUGGGAUCGGAUGAUAGUAAAUGCUGUAUUUUCUGGUUUACCAACUAAGUUAUUUAUCCCUGUGAUAUGUUUAAUAAAGUGAAUUUUCUACAUUGUA